CUUCCUUACUUCCUUACUUUUCUUGAAGUUGUUACAAUGUCCUCUGGAGAAAACGUACAGUAUAUGUUAAACACUUGCUGGGAAUGCUCGUGAUUACAAAACCCCACAGUAACAUUAAAUUCCAAUAAAAACCAGUAUGCAUUUACACAAGGAGUCACACCCUUGACUCAGUACUAGGCAACAAGUAUCGGGUAUGUUAGAGCCGCGGGUCUUUUUGAGUGUGAUGCUGCAUGCUUACGCAGCCAGUUUUGGAAAGUUGUAAUUAGCAGAUCCUCUCAAGCUGCAUCAGACAGGAUGGAGAGUGCUGGUACUUUCACACGUCGUCACAUUUGUCCACAGAUGUUGAAGUUCAGGCUCUGACCAGGCCUCUCGCUGGCAUUCUCAAACUUUUUAUCCACAGACCUCACAACUUUUGAAUGGCCUGUUGUAACGCAUGCGGCAAUCUGGGGUAUCAUACUUUUAUCUUUUACAACUGAGAACCAUGUCGUCGGAUGUGGACGUGCUGAGUCUCGCCCCAGAAGCUUCACACUCAGAUGUAAACCGCCCCGUAAAGGCGGAAGGUCACAGCCCGAUGAGGCCACCAGGCCUCACAUCGUUUGCAAAUAGCAGAGACGAGACCCUGAGGCCCCCAAAGUGGACUCCCUUAACGCCUAGAAAAUCUGUCCACGAAAAUUUUGAACAGAAUCGUGGACAAAGGGCUGGAACCAGGCUCCUGCUCCGGUUGUACAAGGACCGGGUGCCACAUAGCGAUUGAAUUAGUUGUGAAUUACUCCUACCUGCAUGUAUUGCAUUAACUUUUUGGAAAAACCCUAAAAAUAUCUGGCGUGUGCCGUUGAGAACUUACCAUAUCGGCGCAGUCGUCCCUCGUUUAUAGCGGUUAAUUGGUUCCACACCCAACCGUGAUGAAGGAAUUUACGAGAUAUAGAUGGAUUCGCCCACUCCAAGCUAAAACUCAACUCUGACGUCACUUCCUGUCCGCCCCCCACUCAGCUCCCCUAGCGCUAGAACGCACUUACAGCAACACACACAAGCAUGAGUCUUAUUGAUGUCAUAAAUGGCUUAUUUUCUCUUGCUGUGUCUAUUAUAUUGCGUAAUAGGAGUGUAAAUGUGACUAUAGGGAUGUUAUUUCAUGUCUAGAGGGCUCUAAUGAUUUUAAAAACCGUAUUUAGAAGGUUGUAAACGGAUUUUCUAUGGUCAAACUACAAAAUAUUCCAUUUGUAUUGAAGGAAUCCUACUUUGUGGAAAUUGACUUAUCACGGUCGGGUGUGGAACUAAUUAACCGUGACAAAGGAGUGAUUACUGUAUGUCCGUGGCAGGGACGGGGGUGCAAUUUGGAGAUAUUGCAACAAAGCACUGCUGUUGGCGUGUGAAGGUUUGCAUAAAGUAAAAAAUGUUUAAAAAAGUGACGCUACAAUAGUAACGCAGCACUGUCGGUAUCGGUAAUGGCGUUGUAAUCUUUGAAAUAUACAUGAAUUAGGUUGCUCGUUAUUACUCAUUAUUCAUGUGUUUAUGUCCAGACGUUUGUCCGUGUGUGUGUGUGUGUGCGGUACGGUCCCGUUGCUAUUUACUAAAAGUCCGAAAAUGAGCUGGGCAAAGAAGUAGCAUCAUUUCCGGCGUAUAAGAUGCACCGGUGUUUAAGCCGCACCCACUAAAUUUGGAGAGAAAAACAGAUUUGUACGUAUAUAAGCAGCACCGGACUAUAAGACGCACACGUCCACGUCAUGAAAUGGCAAAAAAACUCACGGCAAGCUUGUCAACCCAUUGGAAACCACAGGAGGUCAUUACUUAACGUAACAAUCUGGCUCACGGUUGUCAUCUUACAAACACUAAAUUCAUCACACAGCAACUUAACAAAAGGUAGCUAAGAAAUAUACAAGUACCGAUACGAGUUUAAAUUGAAAUUAAAAUACAUUUCGUCGCAGAAAAGCAUUUCAUUGGAGGAGACAAGUGGCGUGGAAAAUGGCGGCCAUCUUGAAAAAUGGCGGCCUUCUUGAAACUUCCGGUGGCUAACAGGCUUUUUUUUUUUAAGUUGUCCAUAGUGUUGAUGUCAAUUUUGGUGCUUGCAUCAGCAUUUGAAAGAUUCCUGUGAAAUCAUUCACGUAUCUGCUACGCUGAGAGGAGCCCAGAGGGAGGCUGACAUCAUUGCAGCGCCUCGGCAGGCAUAACCAACGAAACGAAUAAAGGCAAAAUGUUAAAAUGCGAAAAUAGUUGAUAGUUUUUUAAAAUGUUAAACUGGUAUUGGUACAUUUUAUCGCUACAUUUUCAGUGCUAAGUUGUGUGACGACUUUAGCGUUCUUUGUAUGACAACACCAUGAGUCAGACUGUUCUAUUGGGUGACCUCCUGCGAUUUCCAAAGGGUCGGCGAGCUCGUUGUGAGUUCGCUGAUAGCUCGUGCUUGGCUCCUGCCAAAGAAAGAGCUGCCGUUUCCUCACUGACCCGCGAGUAUUUGAACGAUUAGUAGUCGUUUCGAACUAGUAACUGGUGCAUUAGGACAUUGCCAUAAAUAAACCACAGGGUUCAAAGUUUAAAAGAAAAGUAGCGGCUUACACACCGGAAAUACGGUAUUUGUUCCUGGUUUGGAAGAAAGGAAAUUAAAGAAUACAACUGUGGUAAUACAACAAUAAUAGAUCCUUGCUCCGGAGUUGGUUCCUUCAGUGACACACACACACACACACACACACACACACACACACACACACAUAUACACUUGCCGUUUGGAGCAGAUGGUGUGCAGUGGGUCAACUGAUGCCAGGAGUGCGUUUCUGAUCCCGAUCAGCUGUCACGUCCCCCUGAUCCGAGCGGCCAGGCGCACUCUCACCUCAGCAGCUGCUGCUUCUCCUGCUUGCUUGACCUCUUGAAGUCAAUAUUUAUCAACUUCCUGUCUGCUGUUCUUCACGUGUCAUCGAUUUUCACGUCCCGGGCGGGGAGCCUUCCAACAAUAUUCCCGUUAACACUGACGACUCGGAUAUUGAGGUGCUCGAUUGUAGCGAUCAGAAAGCGUGUGAGUUGACCCUGAAAAGUGUCGACCACUCAGGUAGUUUUAAUCUGCUCAAUGGUCUCAGAUUUUUACCUCCGCUAAGCGGUCAAAACGUUCGGGACAUUCAGGCUACCUAUUUUAUACUGGAAAAAUACUCAACAUUUUCCCAAAAUUCACACUUUUCCGUUAAACUGCUGUUACCCACGACUACGCCCACAUUUCCCAACCGAUUCACCUCAUUCUACCAUCAACUCAUUCAACAAACUGAGGACAUUCGUGCUGUCAGCCACACAAAAUGCCUUUGAUCUAAAGAGGUCUUAGCUACUUCCACAUUUCUCAACCUAUUCAGAGCGUUCCAACAUCAAAGCAUUCACGUAACUAAUUAAGGACAUUCACGCCAUUUUACACGUACCAGGAAUCUCCACUUUUCUUGACAUUCCCAUUUUUCGGAAUGUAAAAUGCCUUUGAUCUAAGGAGUUCUAACUACUUCCACAUUUCUCAACCGAUUCAGACUGCUCCACUGUCAAAAUUCUCAACUCAUUCGGGACAUUUAGCCUUCCCGGUACAUUGCGCUGUCAUGCUGGGUGUUAGCAUACUAGCAUUUUUAGCUAUUUUCAUGGGUAGACACAUAUAUAAACUAUCAUGCUAAGUGUUACCAUGCUAAUGUUAGCAUGUUAGCAUUUCCAGCAUGUUAACAUUAGCAAAGAAGCAUUUUCAGCCAUUUUCAUAGGUAGACAAUUGUAUAAAGAAACAUAUGAAGAAAUGUUAGCAUCGCUAGCAUGCUAACAUUACCAUAGUAAAAUUUUUUUCAUUUUUGUAGCUAGACACAUAUAAAUAUUUAGCAUUAUUAUGAUACAUGUUAGCAUGGUAACAUUAGCAUGUUAGCAUUGCUAGCAUGCUGACAUUAUCAUAGUAGCAUUUUUGCCAUUUUCAUAGCUAGACACUUAUAUAAACACUUAUGUAAGUAUGAAACCCUGGCCUAAUACAAUCAUUCAGCACAGCAUGAACGAAACAUACUAGACCAGAAGUAGUAAAACAAAAUGCCCCCCCCCUUGCAGAACCAGCGCUUUCAUUGCAGAUUGCAAGGACAAACUUGGAAAUAAGUCCAGACCGCAGACACACUGACAUCAUUUGUUUUGUUUGCCUCGACUUUAAAAAUACAAUAACGUCUUUCUUUCUCAUUUCAACUUUAUGCUACCAAAAUGACGUUAAUGUUCAUCUUAUUCUCGUAAAAUCCCGCCUUUUGCUCGUUAGAUUCCAAAUUUUUAUUUUUUUUGUCUUAAUAUUUUGACUUUAUUCUUGUAAAAUUGCUGCUGAUUUUUAAAUGUUUGCUGCUUUUUUUUGUGUGUGUGUGUGUUAAAUUCUAUUUUUGCAAUGCAUUUCGGACCCCCCCCGCCCUAGACGGACCAAAUCAAUAAGAAGGAAACACAGCAUAUCAGCAAAAAUGUCCAUGGCUGUUUUCCAGAGUCAAAGCUGAAGCGUCUCGUUUCCCUAAAACACAAAGAUCAUCAGUCUGCUUUCAUGGGUGACGAAGGAAAUAAAAAAUAUUCACUUUUGAGAGGCUGAAAUCAGCGGGUAUUGAUUAAUGGGAUAUCAAAAUAGUUGUCGAUUAACUGGAUAAUCGGUUAAUCAUCGAUUAAUUGUCGCAGCUCUCAUACUGAGCUAGAAGAAUGACGAUAUCAUCAUCGGCAGAAAAACAGACACCGAUACAGUAUGAACCGAUAUCUCAUUUUCUCACGCCAGUAUCGCACAUACGGAUACUGUGGCGCAUCCCUAGUUUGCGUGUUUGUCAUUUCCCAGCCGGUGCCAUCUUGUUGACAUCACCGAAAUCCUGUUAGUGGCUGGACACCCAACCCCCCCCCACCGAGUCAUCUGCUUGAAGUGUGCCGCCAACAAUGAGGAGGCUCCUCACAUAAAACUUUGGGAUGUCCGUCACCCCCGCCGCCCCCCCUCCUCCACACACACUAAGUCAUUCCUUUCUCCCUUUGAGCCGUGCCACACUCUCCUCUUUCCUCUUGGAGUCUUUUUUUUUUUUUUAAAGCCUCGCCAGGCUUCUUUCUUUCUGCUUCAGCCCCCACCCACCCCCACCGUUCUUCCAGGCCCAGACAAAGAGCGGAGAGCGACUGUGGCGCUCCGUAGCCAGGUGUUCACCACUGCUGCCUCGAGCCGUAACAGCAGCAACACUCACCCUCCAGCUGCCCUCGCCGGCGUCCCAUUGUGUGCCUCUAUUGUGUGGCCCCCGUCCCUCAUUGAUUCAUCGGCCACACAGGGGACGCCCUUUCAGCCGUGUGUGUGUGUGUGUUGAGUACACGUGCCUUGGGGAAACCGGGUGUCACGGGUCUUCUCCCCCUCCUCUUCCUCCCGCCGCUGUCGCCGCGCCUCACUGUGACACACCUCCCCGUGAUUGGUGGAGACGCAAGCGCUCUCAACAAGGGAAUGGCUGACAUUGUUGCUCCAUCUGUUCCGCUGCUCAUUGUCCAAGUCGCUUCUGUACGGGGAACACGGAUCUGCAACAGUCCCGUUCGGAGCCUGGAGGUGCCGGCCGACCCUCGCUUCAUGUGGAAGCUGGGCUGAAGCUUUCUGCAGAGGAUUUUCUUGACGCGCCGGACAUCCAGCAAGCACAGAUGAGUCCAGCUUUGUGAGCCCCAGCCCCACGUGACGGAUGUCCGAGACAGCUCCAUGGGCCAGAAGAACCAUGAGGAGGCAGGAGCAGGAUGUAUCCUCGACCUGGGGUUUGAGUAUCUCCAUGUAGUGGGUGCUGAGCGGCAGGCUGGCAGCCCCGACGGGCCUCCUGCCAUGGAGGAGCAGGGGGAGAGCGACUGCAGCGCCGCCCCUACCCCCCAGGAAAGUACUGACGCAGAGGGUGAGCCACAGGUGUCCUUCAGUCUUACUGGUGGCCUCAACCCAAACAGGGCAGAGAGCUGCUUAACACACAGCAAGAGCACCCACCAGCCGCUGUGUCGCACUCAGUGUGUGGACUUGGGGACCGAAGGGCCUCCCGAGCCACCACCUCAGCUUCAGUCAUCAGAGCUCAAACAAGACAUCAAGUUCUCUCAACUCCAGCGUGCUCCUGAGUGUCAUUCGAACCCCUCUACAUCCGAUCCAGCCCCCACCGCUGUGGACAAGGAAUAUCAGGCCAAACUGGAUUUUGCGCUCAAGCUGGGCUACUCCGAGGAAACGGUGCGGCUGGUGUUGUCCAAGCUGGGGCCACAUACUCUCAUCAACGACAUACUGGGAGAGCUGGUCAAACGCGGCUCUUCAAAUGGCGAGCAGUCAGUUACAUCAUCGGCCCCCACCUCAACGUCUUCGUCAUCCUGUUCCUCUUACAGUUCCACCGAUUUGCAGACAGGUCAACGAUUGGACUCGCCGUGUCCGCCAGAGUCUCUGUGCGAUCAGGACAACCUGCGGCCCAUCGUGGUGGACGGCAGUAACGUAGCCAUGAGCCACGGCAACAAAGAGGUGUUCUCCUGCCAGGGCAUCCAACUGGCUGUUGACUGGUUUUUAGAACGUGGCCACCAUGAUAUCACGGUUUUUGUUCCAGCGUGGAGGAAGGAGCAGUCCCGGCCAGAUGCCCCGAUAACAGAUCAAGAGAUCUUGCGGCGCCUGGAGAAGGAAAAGAUCCUCGUCUUCACCCCUUCGCGCCGCGUCCAAGGUCGACGCGUGGUCUGUUACGACGACCGCUUCAUCGUCAAGCUCGCUUACGAGUCGGACGGUAUCAUCGUGUCCAACGACAACUAUAGAGACCUCGCCAACGAGAAACCCGAAUGGAAGAAGUUCAUCGACGAACGAUUGCUCAUGUACUCCUUUGUCAAUGACAAAUUCAUGCCACCAGACGACCCUCUGGGCCGACACGGUCCCAGCUUGGACAAUUUCUUGAGGAAAAGAGCCGUGGUGCCGGAGCAGAAGAAGCAGCCUUGCCCGUACGGUAAAAAGUGCACAUACGGCCACAAGUGUAAGUACUACCAUCCAGAGAGAGGCGCUCAGCCCCAGCGUGCCGUGGCCGACGAGCUGCGAGCCAGUGCCAAGACCUGCGUCUCCGCCAAGAACCAGGGGGACUCCGGGCUAGUGAAGAGCCACAGCGUGCCGGUUGGUAGCAUUGAGGCGAAGAAAGGCGUGGCGAAACGACAGUCGGAUCCUGGUGUGCGAGCUUUGUCGUACAGCGACGCAGAGGAGAAGCUGUCCGCAAAGGGGAGGUCCGAAAGCCAGAAGAUCAACGUGUGUGCCAAUCACAGUGGUACCGCGGGAGCAUCCUCAGCCCCAGGAGGCCAAGACCAACAAUCUCGCGCAAGCACUCCUCACUGUGUCCCUCCAGCCCCCAGUCACGACCUCUACCCCCACUGUGAGUCCCCGGAUCUGAACUACUACUCAGUAGCACGUGCCUAUAGCGGCCUGCGCAUCUCGUCCAGACGGAGCCCGGACGCUCGCUUUUCCAACGACGCCGACCUGCGGCUGGGCUCCAUGGGUUCGGCCGGCUCAGAAUGCGGCAGUGAAAGCAGUGCAAGUUGCGGCAGCAGUUGCGACUCGUACGGUGAGCGGCCGUGUCACGCUUGCCCCCAGGACACCUUAGCAGACGACAACAGCCAUUACGCCAGCCCGCACGGCCGCCCAUAUUUCCGUCAGACCGCAACAAGCCACGAACUUUGCAGCUUUCAUUUGAGCGAUUACACAAAUGUUCCGCACGGUCAUGUGACCAACACAGGAGCACACAGCUACCACACCGGCGCUGCACAGGGUCCAAGCUGGACUCACGAUCAGGCUUCCGACGCCGGCCCAAAGCGACCCCUAUACCCGUUACCUCCUCAUUUCCAGCACCAGCCGCUUGCCGCCAGAUCCAGCUGCCCAGGCGACUACCACACGGUGACCUCGUCCAACCCUCCCAGCUCUCCUAUUGGCCACUGCCUGGCCCCCACCAGGGCAGAGAGUGUGUCAGACUCUCGUCUGUAUGAGCAUCUGUACGCACCCCACCACCACCGGCUGAAAGCUUUGCCCACCUGGGAUGCGUAUUACAGCGAGCCGUCGCCCCCACCACCACCACCACCACCACCUCGGUACGCACCAGGUGCCUAUCAGAGCGCGCCGGACACCUGCCAGGCAUCAUGGCACGCACCUCAGUGGGCACAAGACGCCUACGCACCACCACACUUGUCUCAUCCCGUGCACUAUUUAAGUCACCCGCAACCCGCUGCCCACUCCCCUCACCCUCCUCACCUCACACAUUCAUCGCGCCCAGAGUCCCCCGCACACAGCCGCUAUGGGGAUGCCAGGGAGAAAGCGUACACCAACCUAUGCAACAUCUUCCCCUCGGAGCUUGUGAGCCGGGUGAUGGCGAGAAGCCCCCACGUCACGGACCCUCAGCAGCUCGCCGCCGCCAUCCUGGCAGAGAAAGCUCAGACGGGCUACUGAGACCGCCGCAUAGGCACAGAAUCGUCCCCGUUUCAACUGUGUGGCCAUUUGUGAGCGUGUUGCGUGGCUGUCUUGUGUACCACAUCACCAAAAUCCAUCUCGUGUGUUUGUUGUUGGGGUUUUUUGCGGACUGAUGACAACUUGUGGUCUUUUUGGAGAUGACGCAAGUGUUGUGGCCCAAAUUGUAGCUGUGGAGAUGGGCUACCCUGUGGCGUGUACCUUAGUUUUAGUAAGGGACAUCCCUCUUUUUCUCUCUACAUAUACACAGUACAUGGUGUAUACCGACACACAUACACAUACUUUGUUCUGUUGGGUUGACUGGAAUGUGCUACAGACAGAAUGUCUCUUCUAAGUGUACGUCGUGUAAAUAUAUUUAAUUGCUGUUGUCUGUAGCAGAUUCCAGAAGAAUCCACGUUGAGCCCUAUUUGAUACAAAUUGUAUCAGGAAGUGAGUCGCUGAUGUCAUACAGUAUGUUGACGUGUCACUCCAUGUGUAUCUCACACUCUUAAUGUAGUAAAGUUCCAACUCAUGAGCUACGGUGGACAUACUAUCUUAUGGACAAAAGCAGUUGUGGGCCUACUUUGUGUAGGGAAGAGAACUGCUUUGGGCGUUUGGGUUCACGGCUUCUUUUCUGCAGUCAAAGUUCAGCUCUGAUCAGCAGCUGGUCGGGUCUUUCUGGCAAAAGAGCACCAAGCACGAGGCUGCGCUUCUUGCAGCGUGUUAAAUGGGACUCUGCGGAAAAGAAGCCAAUCCAAAUACAAUAGUGUAACAAAGAAGCGCCUUCGCUCGGGCCUGCUGGCACCGUGUGUCAGCGUGGCCUCCGAGCGUGGGCCCAAAGUAAUGCCACUACAUGGCAUCGUGCUUACGACACAUCCAAUACUCUGAACUAUGUUCAGCAAACUGUUGUGCAUGUUUCCGCGCCUUUUUAUUUGUGCACUUGUGUGUUGCAGCAUUGAAGGUUCACUCCAACAACUCUACCGGUGACUUUAUUAUUGCAACUGUAACUGUGAUUGUUCAUUAAAGAGUACCGCUAAGAGGUCUGAUGUGUGCAAUUGAGUAUUAUUAGCGUUUGUAUGGCCCACAAUCGAAAAGACUACAAUCAGCACCCAAAAUUGAAAAAUCACUCAUUUUGGUUUUACAGUAUUUUACUUAUUUCCUUUUUUUGUUGAAAUACCAUUAAUACAUUUUAUAUGAUAUAUGAUGUCCUGUUUUUUCUGUUGUUGUAUAUUAGCUUGGCUAUAUUGUAAAUUACGUAAUAAGGCCACAUCAAAAAAUCUUAGACUUCGAGAAAAAAAAUUCUCAGAAAUUUGAGAAAGACUGUCCUAAAUUGACAAGAAAAAAAGUCGUACAUUUACGAGAAUAAAGUCGUAAUAUAACCUUUGCCCAAAGCCAAAGGUCACAUAAGUCACCCCUUUACAUAGCUGUCUCAGGCAAUGCCUCUUAUGACGGAAUAUUAAAAUAAUGAGGCUUUCAGAUUAUUGUAAUAAAUUUACAACUGAAGUCAUAAAUUUACAAAAAAAAAAUUUAGAACCUCUUGCCCAAGGCCAAAGGUUACAUGCAAUGCCUAAAGUCGUAAAAUUUAGAAAAAAAACCAUAAUAAAUUUACAAGAAUAAAGUCGUGAAUUUACAAGAAAAAAAUGGUAAUAUUAGGAGAAUAAAGUUGUACAUUUUCAAGAGAAAAAAAGUCGUAAAUUUACGAGAAUAAAGUCAUAAAUGUACAAGAGGAAAAAAGUCAAAUUUACAAUUACAAAAAAACUCGCAAUAUCAUGAGAAUACGAGAAUAAAGUUGGAAAUUUAUAAGAAAUAACUUGUAAAUUUACGGGAAAAAGCUUGUGAUAUGAGAAUAAAGUCAUAAAUUUACGAGACAAAAAGAGUCGUAAAUUUACUACAAUAAAGUCGUACAUUUACGAGACAAAGUGGUUAAUUUAUCAUAAUAUUGCGAGAAUGAAGUUGUAAAUUAUUCUCGUAAAUUUACAACUUCAUUCGAAAAACUACGAAAAAAAGACGUACAUUUUCAAGAAUAAUGUUGUAAAUUUAAGAGAAAACCCUUGUUACAUUAUGAGAAUACGAGAAUUAAAUUGGAAAGUUAUGAGAAAAAACUCGUAAAUUUACAAGAAUGAAGUCUUAAAUUUACGUGAAAAAGCUCGUAAUGUGAGAAUAAAGUCGUAAAUUUAUGACUUUUUUUCUAUCGUAAAUAAGAAUAAAGUUGUAAAUUGAUAAUAAAGUUGUACAUUUGAGAGAAAAAAAGUUGUAAAUUUACUACAAUAAAGUUGUACAUUUAUGAGACAAGUGUCGUAACAUUACGAGAACAAAGUCGUAAAUUUAGGAGAAAAAACUCAUAACUUUAUGUUGCAGGCAUUGCCUGAGACAGCUAUAAAAAGGGGGGACUUUUCAGAGUGCACGUUUGCUGUCUGAGCAACUUUGCUGAAGAAAAUUAAAUAUUUUAUAUUCAUUAUUAAAUAUUACAAGGAUAAAGUAAAUUUACGAGACUAAAGUUGUAAAUUUACAAGAGAAAAAAAGUCACAUGUACAAGCAUAAAGUUGUUAAUUUAUGAGAAAAAACUUGUAAUAUCAUGACUAUGAAGUUGUAAAUUUACGAGAGAAAAAUACUACUAAUAUGAGAAUAAAGUCGGAAAUUUACGAGAAAAAACUUGUAAAUUUACAAGAAUAAAGUCAGAAAGCUACAAGAAAAAACUCGUAGAUUUACAAGAAUAAAGUCGUAAUUUUACGGGAAAACGCUUGUAAUAUGAGAAUAAAGUCGUAAAUUUACGAGAGAAAAAAACUCGGAAUAUUGCAAGAAUGAAGUUGUAAAUUUACAAGGGAAAAAAAAGUCAAAUUUACAAGGAUAAAGUCGUGCAUUUACGAGAAAAAAAAUCGUGAUAUCAUGGCAAUACGAAAACAAAGUCAGAAAUUUACGAGAAAAAACUCAAAUUUACGAGAAUACAGCUGUAAAUUUACGGGAAAAGCGUGUAAUAUGAGAAAAAAAGUCGUAAAUUUACUACAAUAAAGUUGUACAUUUAUGAGACAAAACUUGUAUUACAAGAUAAAAGUCGUAACUUUAUGUUGCAGGCAUUGCCUAUACAAACCUACAGCUAUGAAAAGGGGGGACUUAUGUGACCCCUUUUCUGAGCGCACGUCUGCUGUCUGAGCAACUUUGCUGAAGGUUGGAGGGCGUUCACGGGAAAGAAGGCGGAAGUGAGAAGGGCCAGUCUUGCUCAUCUAAAUGCUAAAUGCUCAGCUGCUGUUUUGCGCCACGUUACAAAUAAAAGUUUGCCUGAAGAAAGAGGAAAGUUUCCUUCCUUCCUGAAGCGUAUGACACAGAGACACUUAAUAUUACGACUUUCUUCUUGUAAGAUUACGACUUGUUCUCAUAAAUUCACGACUUUGUUCUCGAAAUCUCAGAUUGUUUUGUUUUUCAAUGUGGCCCUAACACUCCACUGUAGUAAAUCACCCCUGCUACCUCAAUAUACUUCACGGUUUAACAUUUUAAAACUACUUUAAUUAUGCUUAAAAUAUAUACAUUUAUUUCCUACAAUAAUUACAUGUCUCGUAUUCUUUGUGCUAUGAUAUGAAAUACACUACCUUUUAAAAUUUAUCAGACACUUUAAGUGAAUUUGCAGUAUCGUUCUUGGAUCAGCAUCGCUAAUACCAGCCUGAAUUUUAUUAUGGGAUCGGAACCGAAAUCAGUGGUAUCGCACAUCACCGUCAGUCACUCACGCACGAACACUUAGACCCAGUCACAGAGAAGCUAUCGACAAUUAGCAGUCAUGGCUGAGCAGGAAGAGGGCGCAAGGUAAAGGGUCUCUGCAGGUUCCAAACAAUAAAUUUAACACUUUAAGACCAUGAUGAUUACAUUUUGAAGACCGUACGGGCAAAAAAAUACAAACGACAUGAAGGAAAAUUGGAGACCGACAGAGCGCGUACAACUAGAGUGGGACUCUACGUACAACACACUCGCUGAUUGUGCUCAAAAAAUUCUGCCCGGGCUGCACAAGUACUCUAGUUCCGCAUUGCGGGUAUAUUAUCGAGUCUUCUAAAAAAAACCGGAUUAUAUUAUGCAUUUUAUAAUCAAAGUAACGUUAACAUAUUUUAAUAACCUUUUCAAAUUACCUUUAAGAUAAUUUUGACAUUAUAAGGCCUUACAUUCAAAUUAUUGGAUUUGAUAGUUUUUCCAGAGACAUCGCCUUCGAACGCUAGCGCCCCCAUUGAAGUACCUACACAUGACCCACAGCACUUUAAAGAACACGAGAACAAAAAAAGUUAUUGAAUUUAUAUUUACCUCCAUUGGACACAUGCGCUGGAGAGGAGCAGAAUAGCUUCUCUCGAUAGUCACAACAGCAAGUCGAUAACAAAAGCAGAAGGAAUAUCUAGACCAGUAGUUCUUAACCUGAGUCGGUGAGUCGGCGGAGCCUCCGCCACGGAGGUUAAGACACACCGGACCCAUCGUGUCAAAUCGUGAUGACUCGCCCCGCUUAGCCAUCACUGGCUGCAGAUAAUCACAUUACAUUGCUUGUCUUGGCCAAUCAGUGCUGCGAAGAAUUUAGCGCGCUCAUGGUGUGUUCCAUUUGUACUUGCAAAUCGGAAUUACCGAGGUCCUACCGGGAACACCCGACUGAAACGCCCCCCGAAGCUGGAAUGUUCAACUUGGAAGUCUGAGCAUCCACACCACCUCUGAGUUAACACUCAAUGAUGGCUGCCUCGUGUGUAAACGAUAAAUAAUAAAUAAUUUAUUAAAAAUAUUGCAAUAGUGUGAAGUUUUUCUGACUUGGCAACUGGAACGCUUUCAACUCGGGAGAUCAAACGCACCAUCAAGUAGUCAACGUGUGACUGAUGUGGUAGCACGUCGUGUGAUUUCCUUCUUAAUAUUUUAAUUCAUACUAUGUCUAGCAAAAAAAGAAAGUGGUGGGACGAAUAUGUACAGCAUGGAUUCACAUGUAUCACGGACCGUGAUGGGAGUCAGCGUCCUGUCUCUGUCAUUUUGUGCACCAGUAAAAAAACAUACCUAUAAACACAUGC